AUGUCACAAGAAGCAAUCACUAUCAACAAUAGCACAGUGCAGCACAUAUUCAAGUUCCAUCCUGAGCACCCAUCUGCAUCAGAUUAUCUUGAGAACAUGAUGCUGAAUUGUUUCCUUGAUGGCAGUACUUAUGAGUCCCGCGUCUCCUUCGACACCUUCGACAACAAAGACGCUACAGACCUUUCUUUCACUUUAGUCUCCAAGCAUAAAGACUACGCCUAUUCUCGUCGGUCUCGCACUUUCCUCUGUGGAACCGAUCAAAACGACUACUCGGAAUUUGCUCUCGAAUGGCUCGUUGAGGAGCUAGUGGAAGACGGCGACGAGAUCGUCUGUCUUCGAGUUGUCGACAAAGAUAGCAAGAUUAGCAGCAAUUUCAGCGUGGAGCAAGGUUUCUACAAAACUGAAGCUCGCAAGCUUCUCGAGCAUAUACAGGAAAAGAAUGAAGAAGACAAAGCGAUCAGCUUAGUUUUAGAAUUCGCUGUGGGCAAGGUCCCGGAGACGAUUCAACGCAUGAUCAAGAUCUACGCUCCAGCCUGCCUAAUUGUUGGAACACGCGGCAAGUCUCUGGGUGGCAUUCAAGGCCUGCUGCCUGGCUCCGUGAGCAAGUACUGUCUUCAGAACUCGCCCGUUCCCGUAGUGGUGGUACGCCCUGAGGAAAAACGGGAGAAGAAGAAAAAGAAACGUCUUGCCGACCCCAGCCGCCAAAACUACUCUUCCAUCUUAGACCAGACAAUUGCUAGUGGCAGCGGAGCGUUCGAAAGUCUGGCUCGACAGUCUGGAGGUGAGGCGAGCGAAAAUGAGGCAGCCGCGGUGGCGAAAGCAAUCGGGCUGAACGAAGGCUCUGGGGCUUGGAAGGGGUUUAAGAAGGACGAUGGAGAUGGAUCGCCGCUUAUCAAGACCGUGAGCGGAAGGAGUGAUGCUACCAGCGAAGCAGAGAGCCCUAGCCCGACUGGCCCAUUGGUACUGGAUGAAGCUCUGGAGGACGUGCCCGAGAUAGAUGACUCGGAAAUGUCACUGUUGAGCGAUGCCGGUCAGAAACGGGAAGAGGCCGACGAUGAAGAAGGCGCAGAGAGCAAGACAUUUAAGGAAGUGGAUCCUAUCAAUGACUCUACAUUCAGUGGGCCUGAGGAAGCCGAGGCUUGUUAA